GUCCAACAAGUAACAACAUGUCAUCAGUUUGCUUGUUUCUCUUGCUUCUGCUGCAAGUCUUUGCAGUCUCCAAUAGCUCGCUAUAUGCAUCUGAAGGUGAAUGUCCAUUGUCUGGCUGCUCUCCAAGUCGCUGCUAUUGCACACAGCAAUCUCUUAGCCUCAUACAGCAACCAAAACAGAUCUGGCAUAGGAAAACUUCAGAGAAGCUCUCCACCAAAGGCUGCGUUGCUAAUGGAGGCAAUAUUGUUUGCCCUUUGGACGACAUAAAGACAAAUCCAGAUGACAAGGGCUGUCUUGGAGUGCAUGCUGAUGGGGUAUAUGAAUGGGGUUGCAGCUCACUGAGUCCAGGGAUUCCACUCCCUUUGGUAGAUGUGUCUGGUAAAGUGAUUGCAAGUGACGGUCACUAUCUAAUGGCAUACUCUUCAUAUGGUGCCCCAUUGGGCAGGCCCAUUUACCUCUUCCCCGAGGAAGGAGGGCUUUUUGAUUUUGUAAUUACAGACAACGGCUUCUUCAUUAUGAUAUACAAGUGUGGAUUCAUUGCUGCUACUGAUACUAAUGGUAUACCAUGGGCUAGUGUCUGGCUCAAUGGUACAUACAAUUCAAUGCAAGGAACAUUCGUUCCACUAGCGACUCCAGCUAUAGUAGGAGAGAGGAUGUACUUACCUACUGCAUUCUGGCCACACAAUAUCAACGAUACAACAAAUAAAGAGUUCUACCUCCGCCUCUAUGCUAUAGACAUUACAGAUGCUCAAGUUGACAGGAUCAGAGUGGCAUGGACAUCAAUAAAAACAAUUACUGGUUACCUUCCAACACUUGAAGGGAACUAUAAAGACUGCACUCUAAUGCCCCCACCAUCCAUCAAAGGGUCUGACAGUGCAUUAGGAAUAAGACCAGUUGGCCAUGUCACUGUACUUGAUGAAGCGUUAGUUGUUUUAGGGCUAAACUUCAAUAAUGCACCUGGAGGAUAUGAUCGAUAUUUAGUCCUGGGUAUACUGGAUCAAGGGAAGACAUCCCUGGAGAAGUUUUAUAGUGAUGCAUCUUAUAACCUACUAGUAAGCACUAGUAGUCUUAACUAUCUUACAACAAGGCAGUUUAAGAAGGAGCGUGAUCCUUUUAGUGUUCAAGAUUUCUUUCUCAUGGCAACAGUGUCUUCUGAAUCUGCUGCACCAGUUACUACUAUUGAUGUUACAAAUGCAUCUAAUAAUGCAUUACUUGGAAAGAUUAAUCUGGACAGCAUUUUCAGCCCCCUAACUAGAGUCCAGUUAACUAGUGAUCUAAUGUCUUUCGAAUUGGAUCUUCCAGCUUCAAAGCAAGAUGACCGUCCACCUUUUUCAACUAUGUACGUAGUUUUUGGAUUUACUGGUUUAACGAGCAAUGGCACAGAAGAGACUGGACUGGCUGGCAUUGAGAUUGGUAUAAAAGCAACUGGAGCAUUGCUAUGGAAGAUCUCAACGCCAGACGAAUGCUCACCUGUCGGAUUAUUACCAUCAUUGAACAAAGAAGAGGAUUACAUGCUUAUUGUAAGCACACAGUGUGGCCUUACAGCAUACAAGCUUUGACAUUGCUACUUUAUAUAUAAUAGAAUAUUGCUAAUGCCCUAUUUGAAAUUUUAUCUCAGCA